AUGGCACAAACCAAAGAAAGAGGCGUUAAUGUGGCGCUUAGAGGCAGCUUGUCACCUCGACAUAUUCCGGACGACACCGUUAUUGGACACACAGACGGGUCAUGGCACGAAGAGAACCAAAUAGCUGGGCUAGGAUGGACCUUUCAUCACAGCGAGGCAUCGAACGCCAACACCACACUGCUCGAUAAAGGCUCUCAAGCAGAACAAUUCGUUAAUUCGCCCUUAAUGGCUGAAGCUCUUGCGAUGCGAUUGGCUAUAAAAAAGGCAAUGGAGAGAGGUAUUUCGAGGAUCAUUAUGCAUUCAGACUCUCUGGUUCUUAUAAACGCAAUUGCCUCUCCCCAUCCGAUCAAAGGGAUUUCUGGAAUUCUCCAAGACAUCAAAGCUUAUGUUCCUCUGUUUCCGCUUAUAGAAUUUCGUCAUGUGCUUAGAACAAACAAUGUAUUAGUGGAUUCUCUUGCUAAGAGGACAGUGAAAACUAUGUAUGAUGAAACUCUUUGA